GUCACAGUGACUUGGUGAACCAAGUAGGUGAUACCCGUAGAAAUCUUUCGCUCCAACAACCUAAAGUGCUACACAACACUUACGAUUAUCGUUGAAGAAGAAAUAUAAAAAGAAUAGUAAAACCGUGAAAAUGAUGUCUGAUCAUCGACGUUACACGGAUGGAGAAACUUACGGCGGAUUCUGGAAUACUCCAAGUGCUAUUCAACAACAACAGCCGGGCUAUGACCAAAGUUAUCCGCAACAUCAGUACCAAUAUUAUCCAGCGGCGGUGUCGUCGGCUUCACAUCUCAACGCCGAUCCUUACAACAAUCAUCCAGCCAUUCCCCUAUCACCUCCAUCGUCUAGGCCUGUCUCCGUGAGUCCCGAUGAAAACAGCCUAACUGCAUCAAAUAGCGGUGCUCAUCUCAUGCCGCUCUACUCCACCGGGAGACCAUCAUUCCACCAAUCCAGUUAUAUAACUGGGAUUAAGCCGGAUCCGGAUCGUGAAGAUCAUCGUAAUUUCUUUCAGCAGCGUCACCAUACAUCUUCCAUCGACAAGGAACCAAACAUGGUCCCAUCUGAAGAAGAUUGUGGUACCUACGGAAGCAUGUCUCAGACAGAAGACUCAUUGGAUUCAGAAGGCGAUGAAUCAACGUCUGGGCACACGUUGGUACCCGAAUCUUCGUCUUCUUCUGGUUCUUCAAGCGCAUCAACGGCGGUAGAUCACAAUGCCCAACAUCAUUUGGAUGGACAUCAAGGACGUCGUUGUCUACUUUGGGCUUGCAAGGCUUGCAAAAAGAAGAAUGUCACGGUCGACCGGCGUAAAGCUGCCACGAUGAGGGAGCGACGGCGCCUUAGAAAAGUCAAUGAAGCCUUUGAAUCGUUGAAGCGUCGCACAAGCAACAAUCCGGGUCAACGGCUGCCUAAAGUGGAGAUUCUUCGCAAUGCCAUCGAAUAUAUCGAAUCACUAGAAGAUAUGUUGUCAUCCUCACGAGAUCCUUCCACGUCGGGUGGCAACGGCAGCGAUUCCGGUCAAAAUCGGGGAGAAAAUGAACCCAUAUCGGUCCACAACAACGGCUAUGUAAGUCUGCUCAAGCACAACGGUUGUUUUUCAAAUGAAUGGCUAUAUGUUUCAUUUUCUACAUUUACGUCCAAUAAUAUUACCUCUUUUUUUUCUCUUGCAUUUUUUGUUUUCAUGAAAUAUCCGCAGAUGACGAACGUUGUUGCUUACUACCAGACCCGACUUCAUCAGUUUAGUGAAUGCCUGACCAGCUUCUCGCCGUUAAUCGGUAACGACGGAUCGGGUGUAGGACAAGGAUCUGCUCCGGGUUCAUCCAGUCUCGAUCGACUCAGUUUCAUUGUCGAGAGUUUGGCUACAACUUGCACGACAACCACUGCACCAACCAACACCAGCACAGUCUGACAAUUUC